AGAAUCACUGUGGAAUCAACUUUCCUCUGAAUUCUGUGGAAGAUACCACUGCAUAAGUGAUCACUGCAGAAGAGCCUCUGCUGAAUCACACUCCGCGGAUGUGGACUAAUCCUCCUGCAGGGGGAGUACACUGUACCUGGGGAGUACACCUUGCCUGCUACAAAAGGUAAAAAUUUAAAUGUCACCGACAGAGGGCAGUAGCGUUCGAAAAUUUAGUUUCCCCAUGUGUUAUGUCGCCUCUUAAUCGAGUCUCUAAGCUGCACUGAAGGACACACUGUUCGAAUUUCGGAGCAAUUUUGAUUGCCUUUUUGUUUUAAUCUUCCUGCUCAAUUUUACCUGGCGGCGUCACAUUCAAUCAGGAGUUCAGUGUGUGCAGUUCCAGAAUGUCGGACGUGAAGAAAGAAGAAACUAAGGAUAAAGAUGCGUCCAAAACCAAGUCAGAACUUGGGUUACUGGACGAAGACGACGAAUUUGAAGAAUUUCCAGUGGAAGAGUGGGGAACAGAAGAAGAUGAUACGGAGGACUUGAAUGUUUGGGAAGAUAAUUGGGAUGACGACCAAGCCGAAGAUGAUUUUAGCCAACAGCUGAAAGCGGAAUUGUCGAAAGAUCCCAGUAAGAUGGAAUCCUGAUUUUAAGUGUCACGAAGUUGUUCGACUCGCCGUUUUUUUUUUCCUGCGGUGUUAUUUACUGCACAAUUCUUUGUUCAUGUUGUUUCGUCGGUUGGCUCGUUUGGAAAAAAAUUUCCUGAUGCAUUCUU